AUGUCCCUUGAUAAACCACCCAAACCAACCCUCAUUACGAUCAAAAAGAUCACUGAUCCAGAAGAUUUGGAUGCCAGUAUGAUGCACAUCUUCAAUGAUUGUCAAUUUUCAUUGGCAGGACACAAGAAAUUACUUGUCCUUAUGCGGAGUGUAUUUAAUAGAGCUUUAGAACUCAACCUAUUGGAUUAUUUUUCUUUACGGUUCACGCAGCUACUUAAUCAUACUUUGAAGUUCAAAAAAGGUGAGCCGAAUGCAGAUCGAGUCGCCAAGUUCGUUGCACAUUUCGUGCGAUCAGGCGCAGAAGAGGCGGCUAGAAUAGAGGAAUUGCACAAGGAGGAACAAGGAGACGCAGACGAAGCUGAAAGCAACUAUACAAAAGAAGAGAAAGCCAAGAUUGAAGCUGACACAGAGUUUGUGUCAUACUUGAUAAGGCAUCUUCUACGUGGAAUAGAAGCAUCUAACAAACUGGUUCGAUAUAGAGUGGUUCAACUCUUUGCACUAAUUAUAAAGUACAUGGGGGAUCUCGAUGCUGACAUAUUUCAGGUGCUUAUCAUAUCCUUGUACAAGAGAUUGAAUGAUCGAGAAGUUCCAAUCCGAAUGCAAGCUGUAAUUGCUUUGGCUAGUUUUCAAUACUUUGAUAUUAAUUUUGACGAGGAUGAAGAGCCAGAUGUUAACGAAAAGCUGUCUAUGGAUAAAGUGACAAAUGAUUCCAUUAUAGAAUGGCUAAUGACGUGUUUGCAGCUCGACGAUAGUGCUGAAGUGAGACGUACAGCAAUGUUAAACACAGAAAAGAGCAAAACUACAAUUAACUUACUUUUAGAAAGAGUCAAGGAUAUUAAUAGCAUCAAUAGGAGAAUUGUCUUCUCGAAAAUCAUGCCUGAGUUAGGGGGGAUGACUAGCUUGAAAGCAAAACAUAGGGAAAUUUUGUUGCAAUAUGGACUCAAUGAUAGAGAUAAAAGCGUUGCCGAAGCUGCAAUUAAACUAUUGUGCAAUUCGUGGUUUGACUCGUGUGAAGGUGAUUUGAACAAAUUCCUUGAGCUAUUGAAUGUGACCCGUAGCCAAAUUGCGGAGAAAGCCAUAUCAACAUUAUUCACUGUAAGACCAGAAGUUGUGCAAAAUAUUGAAAUUACACCGGAAUUCUGGAAAUCGUUGACCAUCGAAAGUUCGUAUUUGAUGAGAGCAUUUUUUGCUCAUUGUAAUGAGCACAGACUUUACAAAGUAAUUGAAACAAACUUCCCAGAUCCUUUGGAAUUGGCUGAUACUUUAAGCAAGUACUUACAAAUGCAAAAUAACAUCAAACAAAAUAACAUCGAAGCUCACAAACUGUAUGAUGGAUACAUAAGAGAGAUCAAUGACCUCGAGGAUGCGAUGUUUGAGUGUGAUAACUCAAUGGCAGCUAUAAAUUUAAAAUUACAUGCUUGUGUAAAAAAGUUGCAGGUGCUUGAGAGCUCAGAGGAGGUCUUGGGUGAAUCGAGAAAAGCCAAGUCACAACGUCGCAAAGAACAAAAGCAAGAGAGACAGCGGCUUCAAUCUGAGGUCAAUCAAUUGGAACAAGAGUUCAAGGAACAUGAAGAGGAAUAUAGAAAAUGCUUUGAAAUGAAAUCGAUCAAGUUGAAUCGUCUCAAAGCUAAUAGAGGCGAGUUCGUGGAUUAUAUCGAUAUGAGGAGGGAUUUGAAAUUUAUUGCCAGACAGCUUCUUGCAAUUUGCAUUGACUUUGACUUCAGUGAUGAGGUAGGAAGAAGGGCAAUGUUGAAUGUCAUUAGAACUCAACUCCACGAGGAAAAUAACUUUGAACAAGAUGAUGUUAACAAUAAAGCUAGCAAUGAUGGAGAUGAUAUUGUAAUCAAUGCAUUAAAGGUUUUGCGGAGAAUUUCCAUCAAUGUGAAGGAUUUUGUGACUAUGACGGUGGAGAUAAUCACUGACAUUAGAGACUCGACGGAGGGCACGGAAAGUGAGGAUAUAUACCAUUCAGCUGCAAACACAUUUGACGGAAGAGACGCGGACACACUGACUAAAAAGGGUGAUACAAAUGACAAUAGUGUAGAAACUAAUAAAGAAAACGGAGAUGUUGAGAGCUCAACAUCAAACGAUUCCGGUUUAGACUUGGAGGACUCUGAAGAUGAAAGAGAAUUUUCUCAUAAAAAAAGAAGAACAGAACCUUCUGUUCCCAACGAUGAAAUCUUGCUUCGAUGCUUGAAACUAACAAAACAUUCAUUAGAGCUUAUUGAUGACAAUUUGGAUCACCAUCUUUCACUUCGUUCAAUCUAUUCUGGUUUGGUUAAUUUCGCCUUAACACGAACGUCUAGCCGAGCAUUAUACUUGACUGCAUUGGAAUGUUUGGGUUUGUAUGCACUUAUUGACGAGUCAAUUGCCAAAGAAGCUCUUGUAACAUUUUUCAAUACAACCAAGACAUCAGGAGAGGAGGUCAAGUUAGUUUGUAUUACAGGAAUAAUUGAUAUCAUAUCCACGUUUGGAAUCAACAUCAUUGCUCGGGAGAGAAGGUUUGGGUAUCUUCGAUUAUUUUAUAAAAUACUUUCUGAUGAUAGUUCAAAAUUGAGGGCACUUAUGGGUGAGGGUAUUAGCAAGUUAUUUUUGGCUGAUAUCUUUAUGAUCAAGACAGUGAAUGAAGUUCGUAGCGAUAAUGAAGGUGCGAUAGAGAGUAACAAUGAGGUUGCUAAUGCUGUUGAACAAGAAGCGGAAAAGGUGGGGGAGGAAGAUGAAGACAAUGAACUGGAAAAGGAAUUGUUCGUGGCGUUGUUAUUGAGUUAUUUCAACUCGUCCACACCAGGAUCAUCAAACAAUCACGAAUUGAAGCAAGUUUUGUCAUUUUGUAUUCCCGUUUAUUGUUUCUCGCACCCGAAUCAUCAGUUAGGUUUAGCUAGCGUUCUGGGGGACUUGCUCUUGAAGGCGCUGGAAACAACGAACUUAAAACCAGGUAAAAUUCUCCCUCAAUUGAUUGACUGGGCUAAUCCUCAAAAUCUUGCUCAAGUGAGGGAUUCAAAUGGCCGAAAUUUGGUUACUCGCCGAUGGUCGCACAUAUGGCAAGCAUUGUACAUCAUAGAGGUAUUUGAGGUGAAAGAAUUGGGAAAGGAGUAUAGAAGAGCAAUUAUCAAUAACUUGGCUAAAAUUCAAAUUUCUAUAUUUGAGCGCGAUGAUGAUAUUAAUGAUAUACAAUACUUAACUGAUAUUAGUGCUUUGUUGCAAAAGUUAGUUGAUGAAAUUGACCGAAUAAAGGAUAUUUUGGAUGUCUACAAGGAUGAUUUUGAUUACCAAAUAGAUAGACUCACAAUGAAAAAUUUACUAGCUUUUCACGAUUCAACGUUGGACAAAUUGGAUAUUGUUAAGAAGAAACAAGAGGAUUUGGAGAGGUAUAAGAACAGAUCACAAAGAAGUUCUGCAAGUCCUAACGGUUUCAGAAGUAGGGACAAUUCGGUGUCGUUGACCGAUGAAGCGAUUAUAGUUGGUCAAGAUAGACAAGCCAGCAGCACGCCUACGAAAAUAAAGCAAGAGCCAAAAAAUGUAAUUGAAGUGGACGCAGAUGAUGAGAUAGAUAUCAAAGGUGGUAGAGAUAGAAAUGAGAAUCCAGAUCAUGAUAAUGGCAAUGACGAUGAUGUCAUUAUGCAAGGACCCGACGACGAUGUUGAAACUGUAUCUCCAAAUAGAAGUGAUCCCAACACUUCGGAACAAAUUAGUAGAUCUGAUAAUGACAGGAAAAAAAAGAGGCAAAAGCACAAGGAAUUGAAUGUUGGAUCUGCUUCCAUUAUCAGGACUGACAAUAGACCCAAUCGUCAAAAGACAUUUGAAGAAUUUAUAGAAGGUGAUUCCGAUAUCGACCUUGAGGAGGAACUGGGAGAAGACUCAGAUGAAGAUUUGGAGUAA